AAAAAAAAAAAUCAAUUUAUCCAUACUUCACCUCUUCGUCAAAUAAACCACCAAUUACAAUUUACAAUCGUCGGAAAACCUCAAACCCCUAACCCUAGAAAAAUCCCCAAUUUCUCUCCUGCAAUUCCCAAUUCUUCACAACCCUAACCCUAAAAAAUGUCGAUCAGCUUGAGGAAAGCCAACACUCGUCUUCCUCCUGAGGUGAACAGGGUUCUCUACGUUCGUAAUCUUCCCUUCAACAUAACCAGCGAAGAGAUGUACGACAUUUUCGGAAAGUACGGAGCAAUUCGUCAAAUUCGUGUCGGAACUAAUAAGGAUACUCGAGGAACAGCGUUCGUAGUUUACGAGGAUAUUUAUGAUGCUAAAACUGCUGUUGAUCAUCUUUCUGGGUUUAAUGUCGCGAAUCGUUAUCUUAUUGUGUUGUAUUAUCAGCCUGCUAAGAUGAACAAGAAGAUUGAUUUCAAGAAGAAGGAGGAAGAUCUUGUCAAACUGCAGGAGAAAUAUGGUGUUUCUACUAAAGAUAAGUGAUAUAUUUUUUUUUUCUGGGUUUAGGUUUUUCUUUUACGAAUUGUAUGUAAAAUGUGGUUGAAUUAAUGGUAUUGUAUUUUCUGAGGAUUGAUACUGGUAAUACUUACAAUCUUAGUGCUAUAUUUUCCGAGGAUUAUUAAA